AUGAAAACACCCUCGUAUGAUAGUUUAACUCUAACUCUCUCCUCUCUCGAAUGUAGUUAAAAGAAAACACCCUCGGUUCCUCGAGUCCUCCCCAGUAACCUAGGUUACACAAACCAGAAGAAACAAAUCUUUGACUCCCUUUUCCCUUUCUUUUAUUUUAUAAACGUCGUCGUUUCAUUCUCUCUUCUCAAAUUAACUUCACUCUAUCCCCUUUCUUCUCUGCCAAAAUUCUAGGGUUUAAAGAUUGAGACUUUCAUCAGUUUGGAUAGCUGCAGCUGUGCGUUUAUGAUCGCAAGUUGCUGUUUUCAAUUCAAUUUAUAAAGGGUCUAGCUUGGUAUCUACAAUUCAAGUGUUUUCUUUAGGGUUUGGUGGAAGGUAUUGUUUAGGGUGAUAUGAAUAGUGCAUUUAGUGAACAGAUACUUGCAGAUAAGCUUUCCAAGCUCAACGGCACCCAGCAGUGUAUCGAGUCUUUGUCUCGGUGGUGCAUACAUCACCGUAGCAAAGCAGAAUUAGUUGUUGAGACAUGGAAUAAACAGUUCCACAACUCAGAUAUGCUCAAGAAAGUACCUCUAUUGUAUCUUGCAAAUGACAUCCUUCAGAACAGUAAGCGGAAAGGAAAUGAAUUCGUUGCGGAGUUUUGGAAAGUUCUUCCUGCAGCGCUAAAAAAUGUAGUUGAAAAAGGUGAUGAUCGUGACAAGAAUGUCGUCUCUAGAUUGGUAAAUAUAUGGGAAGAAAGGACAGUAUUUGGGUCACAUGCCCGGAGCCUCAGAGAGGUAAUGCUUGGAGAAGAUGUACCUCCACCCUUGGAGCUCAGCAAAAAACGUUCACGCACUGUGAAAAAUACAAAGCGAGAUUCACGAUCCAUUAGAACGAAAUUUUCCAUUGGAGGUGCUGCUGAAAAAAUAGUAUCGGCAUUCAAUUUGAUGGUUAGUGAGCAGCCCAAUGAAGAGGCAGAGAUGAGGAAUUGCAAGUCUGCAGUUCGUCGUGUGAGGAAUAUGGAGAAAGAUGUUGAUAUUGCCUGUAGUAAUAACGAUAAAGAUCCAAAACGAAAAACAUUGGCUAAGGAGCUAGAGGAUAAUGAGAAUCUUUUGAAACGAAGUAUUGAGAAACUUAAAUCAGCUAAAGCAAGUAGAUCAGCGCUUGUCUCUCAGUUAAAAGAAGCUCUACAGGAACAGGAAUCUGAACUGGAGGGAGUUCGAACUCAGAUACAGGAUGCACAGGCACAAGUAGAGGAAGCCAGCAAGAUGCGAAGGCGGCUUAAUGGUGAAGUAUUAAAAGCAUCUAGUACAACUACAGUACCAGUUGAUUCAAAUGCAAAAGCAGGACAAACACCCAAGAGGACAGCUGCAGCUAUUGCUGCGGAGGUUGCAGAGAAGCUUGCAGCUUCCUCCUCUUCUCAAAUGAUCAUGCACGCUGUUCUCUCUACAUUUGCCGCUGAAGAAGCAAAGAAUGCUCCAAAACCUGAAACCUCUUUACCUGUUUCAGAUCCAAAUGUUUUUAUGCUAGCUCAGCCACUCACUGCUCCAACAACACAUUCGUACCGGUCAGUUUUGUUGACCCAACCUACAAUGCAGAACCAGACUCCGACCACUCAAUCGCAAUUUCACAUUCUUCCCAACCCAUCCUCUCAGCCUUAUAUACAGCCAGGGGGUGGGAUUGCAACCCCGUAUGCUUAUGGUAACUUUUCUGUGUUGCCUCCAGGACCACCGCCACCCCCACCCUAUAAGGUAAGUCAAACCGUGCCCUUGGCUCAACAACCAUCGCAAAUGCCUCAGCAGCAAACGUUACCAGUGGCACAACAGGAGGCCCCAAUAAACCAGAAACAACCCAGGUCUUUAACUCAACAAACCCUGGGCGCUAAUUUCAGACCUCAACCACCUGGAUUGGAGUUCUAUGGCCACCCAUCUCAUUCUUAGUGAAAAAUCGUACUUUUAGGUAGCCAGAUGUAAUUAUCUUGUUUCCAACAGAAUGAGUAUCUUGAGUAAUUUGAAAUUUAGUUCGUGCAAA